GACCAUGAAACAUUCUUCUAACUCUAUAAAUUGAUUACAACUCACACCCUCUUCUCCAUCAACCAAUAUCAUCAUCUCUUCAACCAUUUUCAUUCUCUUAACAACAAUACUCUUAUUACAAUUUGCGUAGUUCAAUGGCUUAUAGAAUGAUCACUAGUUUUGUUGUAACAUUGGUGCUGCUAGGCACAAUAUCAUGUGAUGCCCAAUUAUCUUCUACAUUUUAUGACAGUACUUGCCCUAAUGCACUAAGCACCAUCAGAACUUCGAUUCGUACUGCAAUCUCUAAGGAGCGUCGUAUGGCUGCAUCUCUCAUUCGUCUUCACUUUCAUGAUUGUUUUGUGCAGGGUUGUGAUGCAUCAAUUUUGUUGGAUGAUAGUUCCACAAUCGAGAGCGAAAAGAGUGCACGUCCAAAUGUUAACUCAGUAAGAGGAUUUGAAAUCAUUGAUAAAGCAAAAUCUGAGGUUGAGAAAGUUUGUCCCGGAGUUGUGUCUUGCGCGGACAUACUUGCUGUGGCAGCACGUGAUGCAUCAUUCGCGGUAGGUGGCCCGUCAUGGACAGUAAAACUUGGAAGAAGAGACUCUACAACAGCAAGCAAAAGUUUGGCCAAUACCGACCUUCCGUUAUUUACAGACGAUCUUACAACUCUUAUAUCUCAUUUUAGUAAAAAAAAUCUCUCCCCCAAAGAGAUGGUUACUCUAUCCGGUGCACACACAAUCGGACAAGCUCAAUGCUUCACAUUUCGUGGCAGAAUAUACAACAAUGCAAGUGACAUAGAUGCUGGAUUUGCUAGCACUCGCCAACGUGGUUGUCCAUCUUCCAGUACCACCUCAAACGAUCAAAAGUUGGCAGCCCUAGACUUAGUCACACCAAAUUCAUUUGACAACAAUUACUUUAAAAAUUUAAUUCAAAAGAAGGGUCUUCUUCAAUCAGAUCAAGUUUUAUUCAGUGGAGGGUCUACAAAUUCUUUUGUUUCAGAAUACAGCAACAAUCCUACAACUUUCAAAUCCGACUUUGCAACUGCUAUGAUAAAGAUGGGAGAUAUUGAACCCUUAACCGGAUCGGCUGGAGUCAUAAGAAGCAUAUGCAGUGCAGUCAACUAAUUAUACAAUUUCAUUCUUGAUUAACAAGAAAUCAAUUGCCAAUUGUUUUGUAUAUAGAAUUUUAUAGCUAUGAGAACAUUGCUUGAAACUUCUGUUAUCGAAAAAGAUGAGUGUAUUUAACUCAUAAAAAAUACAUUUUGGUAUGUUCAUAGUGUCAAAUAAAAUCAAUUGAGAAUUUGAGAUUGCCUUUUAUAA